UUUCAGGAAAUAUCGCGAGAAUUACUGGAAGAGGGCGUGAGAAUUGCCUGUGUUUUAUCAAUACCGCCUUACCAGUCCAUUAUUAUUUGUCGGAUUUGUAUUAUUUUAUGAUUAAAAAAAAAAACACAUAAGAACCUGCGAAAGUAAUGAUUAGCCAGAGUGUAAGCAGUACACUAGCUUAAACACAUGCUGAGUCACUCUGCUAAAAAUCUGGAAUGAGAGAAGAUUGCCAUGGCCCACAGACUUUUUGAGGAGAAACACCAUGCUUCAAUUUACCAAAAGUAUCGCAUAAUUCCACCUGAUACGGUUUUGCAGCUUAUUCUGGAUUACCUGAACAAAAAGAAAGGACCUCCUCAUGAACUUGCUGUGGACCUGGGCUGCGGGACGGGACAGAACACUCGUCUACUGGCCCCUCACUUCCAGAAAGUGGUGGGCAUUGAUGUCAGCGAAUGCCAGGUGGAGGAAGCCAGGGCAGUGCCAGGUUUUGCCAAUGUCACCUACAGGUCCGGUCCAGCUGAGGAGCUGCCCUUUCCCAAUGGCUCUGUGGAUUUACUGACUGCAGCAUCUGCAGCUCACUGGUUUGAUGCUGAGCAUUUCCUGAAGGAGGCAGCACGUGUGUUGAAGCCUCAUGGUUGUAUUGCUCUUCUGGGAUACACUGAUGAGUUCAGUCUGUAUUAUGGCUCCUGUGGUGACAAACUGACCAACAUCUGUUCAGAGGUGAAGAAGGUUAUCAAACCUUAUGCUAGUCCUCUGGCAGUAGCCAACAGUAGACUUCAGGCUUUGUUUGAGGCUAUACCGUUCCCUGACAAAGAAAGGGUUACAAAUAUUUCACUGAAGAUGGAGAUGACAGUUGCGGGUGUAGUCGGCUUUGUGGAGUCUUUCUCUUAUUGUCAGACCUACUUCAGGAAAGAUCCCCAAGCUGCAACUGCUCUUUUAGAGUCAAUGAUAAAACGUCUUCAAGAUGAAAUGGGCGUCUCAUCACCUGACACUAAUAUAGAGUUCAAAACGGACUUCUACUGUGUGCUGGCAUGUAAACCGCAAUGAAGAGAACCGUGCUGAUAUAAGUGAGGACUAACAUGAAGGUCACAACAUUUUGUUUAGUCAUUUGCCAUUUACUGUAUUCACUUCUGUGCACUGUUAAAUGAAUCUACUCUUGGUAGAAAUCUACCAUAGCUACCACAUAUUUGCACAAUAAACCUUAAGACAAAGUAAA